AAUAAUAUUGAUAGCUGGUUUAAUUCAACAUUUCAUUUCCUGUUAACUUCAUUUUCCAUGACCGCUCUCCAUUUCCUGUGUUUGUAUCUUGAAAAUGGAUCGUUCCAUUAUGAUUUUUUCCUCUUUCAUUCCAAGUACUUGCAUGAAGUGUUCCCUUUUUUUUUGUAGUAGAACGGAGUACACAAGAAACAAAUACAAGAUUUUAAUCCUGUUCUGUCUAAUUUAAAUUUAAAUUACACUUCAGGCAGAAACCCUGGUGGUACUGAGUAGAGGGAAUCCACAUCAGAGCUGUUUCAUAGAGACGUGUUGGAAUAUGUGCUGCCAAAGCACACUGUCAUUGUUUACCAGCAUACUAGAUACCAUCUUCCAUUCUGUCACACCCAACUUCAUAAGCUUCCUAACUGGAUAAUGAUUUAAAAAUGGCAGGCAUACAUGUUCGGAUCGCUAUUUCACAUCCUGGUGCAAGGGCCCGGGGAGUGGACUUGACCUGCCGGGCCACUAACAGUAUAGCGUUAGCUAAUAAAGAGCGUGCAGCCACAGUUCUCUGAAAGUCUGUCAUAAUCCGCUUCUGAAGUGUUGCAAGUUUCAAGGCUGUCUGAGACAUUCUUUAUUGUCGCAUAAAAACUCGGGGGUGAUCUGAGCGGGCGUCAGUCACAACUUGGGCUACACGAGAAGCCGAGAGUGCAGCUGUUUCUCUGUAAACUAUACAACAAAUCAAAAAUGAGAGCUGCAUCUUAUACCCAGAAGAGCCUGCAAGUUAGCGGCUCUGGCAGCAGGGUGAGGGUUCAGAGCCCCUCACCUUCCCGGUGCCGUGGAUCCUCGUAUGACAGCCGUGGACGGUCAGGUUAUCGUGGCGCUGCCAUCGAAUUGGGCACAGAGAUACACCAGCAGCAUGCCAACGAGAAAGAGGAGAUGCAGGAACUGAAUGUCAAGUUUGCAGGAUACAUUGAGAAGGUCCAGGCGCUGGAGCAGAGGAAUGCUUCUCUUCAAGCUGAGCUGGCAGCGUUGCAGAGCCGCUACAAGGGGGGCCCCACAGGCAUCGGAGAAGAAUAUGAGCUCAAGUUUAAAGAGGUGCGAGAGCUGAUUGAGACCCUGACUAAUGAGAAGGGAGCAGCUGACAUUGAACGUGGCUACAUCGAAGAAGAGGUAGAAGUGUGGAGAUUAAAACUGGAGGAGGAGCUGACACUCAAAGAGGAAGCAGAGAUGAUUUUGAGAGAGUUUCGCCAGGAUGUUGAUAACGCCACACUGCAGAAGGCUGAGCUGGAGAGGCGCAUUGAGCAACUGGUGGCUGAGAUUGAGUUUCUCAAGAAGCUGCACGAUGAAGAGGUGGAAGACCUCAUGAAGCAGAUUGAGGACUCAAAGGUUACUGCCGAGCUGGAUGGUGACCGUCCUGACCUGGCUGCUUAUCUGCGCAACAUGCGUGCAGAGAUAGAAGCUGUCGCUGCUCGCAAUGUCCAGGAAGCUGAGAAGUGGUACAAAAGCAAAUUUGACACCCUCAAAGAGCACGCUGGCAAAAAUGAAGAACAUAUGAAAACCAUGAAAGAAGAGAUCACGACUUUCCACAACCAGGUGACAGACCUGCAGAAUCAGAUUGACGGUCUGAGGGCUCGCAACGUCGCCCUGGAGCAGCAGCUGGAAGACAUGGAGUUGUCCCACAUGGAUAAGGUGGGCAACCUAGAGAGUAUCAUUGCUCAGCUAGAGGCUCAGCUCUGUGAAACCAAACUGGAGAUGACCAAGUACCUCCAAGACUACCAGGAACUGCUGCACAUUAAGCUCAAGCUGGAUGCUGAGAUCGCAACCUACAGGAAGCUCCUGGAAGGGGAAGAGCAGAGGCUUGGAAUUGCCAAAGAUGCCUAAAUAUCCUGGUCGAGAGCAGCGGCAAGUCAAAAAUGUCCACAUGGAAGAUCUGCAGAGCAUCCUGGAGGCAUCAGCUCAUACUAGUUAAAAAGACUCAAUUCCUUUCCUUUCUUUUCCUUGCUUCUAGACCCUGGAUAUAUUUUGACACUAAUGUCAAAAUCACACCCAAGUACAGAUGACUGAACGGCAUCUCUUGAUGCCUUACUUAAAAACAUUUGGCUGGACAAACACUGUAUCAUUUGACUUUCCCUACAGAUCUAUUCAGUGAAAUACUAACUUGUACAAUGAGUUGAUGGCUUUCCUUUAAUUUCCAUUUAUAUCAGGAAGUAUGCUAUCAAAAGAAAAGAUUACAAACCUUAUUUGCUGAUAGAUUUUCAUACAUUCUGACAGUUUUGGAUUCUCUGUGCUGCAGACGAACUUCUCUUGUUACCAAAGGUUUAUUGAGGUUUAAUACCAAGCCCUUCUUAAUCCUACUAUUUAUCUUGCAACCAUUGUCCUUCAACAUUUCCUUACCUCCCAGUCAUUUCCAGCCCCUCUAACUACGUAGUUUGACGUCAGUUUCUGAAACAAAUUUCCUUACAUUUGAUUGCCUUUCCCUGUUUUUUGGCAGUCCUCAUCUUUUCUUCAUUCUUUGCCUUCUUUUACUCCUCCAGCACUCUCGCUAAAUUUACCUCCCCUCUUUCUCCUGCCAAGUCAGCCCCGCUGUUAGAACUCUGCCGCUUGUCUUUACUACAGUGGCUCACAUUUCGUCUUCACUGCUUUUUCUCGGAUCACAUUUCGGGUCCCGCUGCCGUCACAAAGCAGUACACAAGGUAGCCUUUGUGUUAAGAUCGGUCCUUGGAGUAACCCCAGUUUGUUCUGAAAGUUUUGUCAACUCUUGAUCUUUCACACUAAUGUUGACCAACUGUUACUUAAUAAAGAUUUAAGUGAGUGCAUACAAAA